ACCAACACACACAUCACAACCAUGGGGCAGUGCUGACAGAGAGGGGGAGAAAGGGAGACAGGGAAGCAAAGUAGAGUAGUGAGAAGCAGAGAGUGAGACAUUAAGCAGGGUUCCUUUGACUUAAUGAAAACUUUCUAGGGAAGAUAGAAGGGAUCAUUUAAGAGUCCUGGGGUAUUAGUUUAAAAAAAGAGCCUGAUUUGACCUUUAAUUCAGUGGAUAAACAGACAUUUCUGGACAUCAUGGAUCGAGAAUCGCCCAGCCAGGAGACAUCUGGUUCUACAGAGACGACCAGUCAGACUGACACCAACAACAACAACAACCAGACAGAUGAGCCAGAGCUGGACGAGAGUAAAGACCCAGGGAGAGAGCCUCCAGCAGGGGAGACAGCGGAAGGUCAGGGGGUAAUGGAGGUGGGGGAGAAGGCGGAGGAGGAUUCAGUACCAGACCAGGGAGGAGAAGACGAAGCCCAGACUACUGCAUCAAAGCAUGUUGAAGGUGACGCUGAAGAGGCUGGACAAGAUAAAGACAAAGCCUCCACUGAUGUGAAGGAUCCUGAAGCAACGAGUGGAGAAAAAGAUGGGGAGGGACAGAGGGAGGAAGACAAGGAAGGUGGGCAGGUGGAAGAGGUCAAGAGUUGUCAGACUGGGAGAGAUGGAGAGGAGAUGAAGGCAAAAAACAAAGAGAAAAAGAAGAGUAAAACAGACGAAAAGGAAAAAGAAGCAGAAAAAGAUGCGAAUGACAAAGCAGCAAAGGGGACAGAGAAGAAAAAACAAGUCAAGGAAGUGGAUGUAGAAAUGAAAGACAAAGGAAAGAUAAAGGAGGCAGAAAAGCAAGGGAAGCCCAAAAGAAAGAGUGGUCCUCCCUCCUCUUCUCUGUCCCGACCAAGACCCUCUGCACGCUAUAUUAGAGCGUCCACUAAAAACGACAUCAUUGCCAAGUUCCAACAAGGUGCACCAGAGACACCAAUACCCCGCAACUUCAAGAUUCAGAGGUCAUCUACAGCUAUGGCUACAGGAGCUUCAAUCAAACAGAAGAUGCUUCAGUGGUGUCGCAACAAGACUCGCAACUACGAGGGUGUCAACAUAGAAAACUUCUCAUCAUCCUGGUGUGAUGGGCUGGCAUUCUGUGCUCUGAUCCAUCGUUUCUUUCCUGAUGCUUUUGACUACAGCUCCCUGAAUCCACAGGAGAGGGAGAAAAACUUCACUCUGGCCUUCCAAACUGCAGAGUCCCUGGCCGAUUGCUGCCCUCUGCUGGAAGUGGGUGACAUGAUCAUGAUGGGUAAAAACCCGGACCCCAUGUGUGUGUUCACAUAUGUCCAGUCCCUCUGCCACAGCCUCUCCAAAAUAGAGAAAGAGAGGAAGGACAAAGAAAAGGAGGAGAAAGACCAGGCUGGUAAUGUGGGAGAAGAGAAAGGAGAAGAUGCAGUAGGGGAGGUGUCACCGGAGAAGGACGAGGGAGAGUCUGCUGAGAACGGGACAAUGGAGGGCCAGGAGGAGAAACAGGGAGACGUUACAGAGACAGAGGGCACUGGCGAGGAAGAAAAUGCACCAAACAGCUGUGAGAUGGAGGGAGAUGGAGGAGUGUUAGUCGAGGCAGAGUCCUAGAAAAAUACUGACAACAAACAGGAAGACUGAAAAGACCAAAAAGAUUGCUUAUGGUUGCGGUACUACAAUGAGUAAGUCUUAGAUUGGUGUUGGAUUGAAUACUGGCACAGUAAAGAGGCACAUCAGGUUGGCUCUUAACUCAAAUGCUGGCAAUGUGAUGUUACAGUCAGCUGUAUGUUUGAAAGUGCAUUAUGCUGUGUUUUUUCCCAUUCACUGCUGUGUUGUUGCAUAUGUUUGUUCUGAGCACAUAAAGCUGAAAUGUUCAGUAUAAAGUAUAAUACAAGUAUGUGAGAAAUCAAACCUAUAAGGUUAUGGUUCACUGUAUCUGUGAGACAUUUUGCCUGAAAAGAUUUUGAUGAACUUAUUCAAAAUGGAUAAACACCACUUCAUUUGUAAGUCCUUUGUAGAGUUUGAGCCAAUUGAGGCUACUGCUCUUUUUCGUAUAGCCUAUCAAUAAUAAAGCUGUUGUUGUUGUAUGUUG